AUGAUGCUUCUUCCUCCUCCUCCUCCUCCUCCUCUCACCAUCAUCCUCAUACUGCUACUCGCUAUCAGCACUAUUGCCUCUUCAGCCCAACCCUACCAUGCCCUAGUUUCGCCCAUCACCAAAGACUCGUCCACUUCUCUCUACUCCAUCACCCUCGGUCCGAAGGACGGCGGCUAUGUCAUCGACCUCUCGUCCCCGUUUUCAUGGCGUCGCUGCGACCCACAUGAUACCAUCCUUCCCUGUGGCUCCCAGCAAUGCGUCGCCGCGGGACGCUACCAGCCCCAUCCCAAGUCUUGUCCUCAUCAAAGUAGGGUCCAAAUCGGUGGUAAGAAUGACUCGAGGUCCGGUCAUCAAUUUUGCUUGUGUGCAGUGACAGAAUCGAACCCCGUCACCAAGUCAUGUGCGUCGUCGGAGCUGGCGGUCCACAACGUAGUGAUUCCUUCGACGGAUGGCCACGUCCCGAAAGCAAAUAUUACCGUGAAUGGCGUCCCGUUCGCCUGCGCUCCAGAAUCGCUGUUUCAUGCUCUCCCGUCUGGAUCUUCAGGAAUGGCAAGCCUCUCACCCAGUUCCUUGUCUCUCCCCUCACUGUUCAAGAAGGCUAUCGGAGCCACGGCGGUCAACAAGCAGUUCGCAAUUUGCUUGCCGAGCAGUUCUUCAUCCCCUGGAGUGAGCUUCUUCGGAAAUGGGCCGUUUUACUUGCUUCCACCACCAGGUAUCGAUGUCACACAGCUCCUCGCGUUCACUCCAUUGCUUAAGAACCGGUGA